AUGUCUUCCUCCGACAUGUAUGCCGACAUUGAGAAGCGAAAUCGCGGCUUCUUAGGGCCGGACAGUUCUGCGCUCAACUCGCAAGAUCGCCAAGAUCGACGCCAGCUGCGUUACGAGCUUGACCUCAACUCCUGGAAUCUUCGGAUUUGGGGUGUGGCAGCCUCCGGCUUCCUCACUGAUUCAUACAACCUCUUUGCAAGCAAUGUUAUCCUGACGUCCAUCUCAUAUGUCUACUUCCCUGGGCAAAGAUGGCCUGGCGUUGUCAUCAACCUCUUUACACUCUUCGGCUCGGUGGUCGGACAGCUUCUCUUCGGUUUCCUCGCCGACUGGUUUGGACGCACUCGAUUAUACGGCAUCGAGCUUGUCUUAGUAAUAGUGUCGACUAUAGGCGUUGCCACAAGUAGUUACGGCUAUAACGACAUGUCCUUCCUGGCCUUGUUCACCUGGUGGCGCUUUGUCAUGGGAGUUGGAAUUGGAGCGGAAUAUCCCCUUAGUGCGGUGAUCACUUCCGAGUGGUCCAGUACAGCUUCCAGGGCUACCAUGAUCUCCUCCGUCUUCUUGAUGCAGCCUAUUGGACAGGCAUUAGCACAACUGGUGGGUGUGUGGGUGCUGCUCGGCAGAGAAAACCAGUACGACCUGACAGGGAAGCAAUGCGGCAUCAACACAUUGAACGAUCAGGAGUGCAAGAAGAUUGUGGAUGGUAUAUGGCGCAUCGUCAUCGGCUCCGGUGCCGUCCCGGCUGUUCUUGCCAUCAUCUUCCGCUUCUUCCUAUACGAUUGCGGUCUCUACAGCCUCGAAGUCAAGCGCAAGCCGGGAACAGCCUUCCGGGACACCCAGAGGAUCUACGGAGCUCCUCCAGCAGCGAUGAACGGCAUUGGUCUUUACUCGCCAAAUGGCGUUCAUUCGAACGGACCACAGCCCAUGCCUGUGCAGUUCUCCAGAGAAGAUCUAUACCGUUACUUUAUUCAAGAAGGAAACUGGUAUUAUUUACUUGGGGGCAACUCGACGCUUCCCAUGUGGAAAGAACACGGUCUUCCGUCAUGGCAGACCGACUUCUGGCAUCCAUGCAACACCAUAUACGACACUCUCCUCGAGCAGGCAAAACAGUACUUGCUGACUGUAUCGAUCGCUUCGAUAGCUGGCAGUGCUUGCUUCAUCUUCGCGGUCAACCGGCUGCCGAGACGACAGUGGCUGACCGUGUCCUUUCUGCUCCUCGCCGUGCUAUUCGUCAUUACUGGAGGCGUCUACUAUGGCGUCGCGCAUAAGGAGGGCGCUCCGGCUACGGUUGUGCUGGUUGCCAUUUGUCAUUUCUUCUUUAACUUUGGCGCCAACACCCUCACCUUCAUAAUACCCGCCGAAAUCUUCCCGACCACCUAUCGAUGCACAUGCCACGGCAUAUCCGCCGCAGCCGGGAAGCUCGGGAGCAUGGUGGCCGUGGUCGUUGUAUACGGCAUCAAUGCGGGCUACAACAACUCGAAGAGGCAGGGCUUGAUUUUCCUGCUCUUCGGCUCGUUUAUGGCGUUCGGGGCGCUCUAUUCCUGGGCGUAUCUACCCGAUGUGCAGCGAUGGACGAGCGAUGGCAAUGGCCAUAGGAAGCUUGAGAAUAAGAAUCUCGAGGACCUCGGUGAGGGACGGGACAGGGCACGGGCGGAGGGCGAGGUCAUUACUAUCAAGGACAAAUGGAGAGAAAUCAGAAGGAGGGGGAGACGACAGAGUGUGUCAGUGGCAUCAGGCCCCUCGAGGAUGUCGUAG